AAGUGCCCUUGUUAUGGUGUUGAGCCGAAUUGGUCCUGGUGUCCGCAUAACUUGGAGCCAGCAUAAGCUGCAGCCUGUUACAUUGAGAACCUGUUACAUUGAGAGCCAUGGGGGAAGCGGAGAAAUUUCACUACAUAUACAGCUGCGACCUGGACAUUAACGUGCAGCUGAAAAUAGGAAGUUUGGAAGGGAAGAGAGAACAAAAGAGUUAUAAAGCUGUUUUAGAAGAUCCAAUGUUGAAGUUUUCAGGACUGUACCAAGAAACCUGCUCUGAUCUUUAUGUUACUUGUCAAGUUUUUGCAGAAGGGAAACCUCUGGCAUUGCCAGUGAGAACAUCGUACAAGGCAUUCAGUACAAGAUGGAACUGGAACGAGUGGCUCAAAUUGCCUGUGAAGUACCCUGACCUGCCUAGAAAUGCGCAGGUAGCUUUGACCAUAUGGGAUGUGUAUGGGCCAGGAAAGGCAGUUCCCGUGGGAGGAACAACAGUCUCUCUCUUUGGAAAGUACGGCAUGUUUCGCCAAGGAAUGCAUGACUUGAAAGUCUGGCCUAAUGUGGAAGCAGAUGGAUCAGAACCCACAAAAACUCCUGGCAGAACAAGCAGUACUCUCUCAGAAGACCAGAUGAGCCGCCUUGCCAAGCUCACCAAAGCUCAUCGACAAGGACACAUGGUGAAAGUAGAUUGGCUGGACAGACUGACAUUUAGAGAAAUAGAAAUGAUAAAUGAGAGUGAAAAGCGAAGUUCUAAUUUCAUGUACUUGAUGGUUGAAUUUCGAUGUGUCAAGUGUGACGAUAAGGAAUACGGUAUUGUUUAUUAUGAAAAGGAUGGUGAUGAGUCUUCGCCAAUUUUAACAAGCUUUGAGAUAGUGAAAGUUCCUGACCCUCAGAUGUCCAUGGAGAAUUUAGUUGAGAGCAAACACCACAAGCUUGCCCGGAGUUUAAGAAGUGGACCUUCUGACCAUGACCUCAAACCUAAUGCUGCCACGAGAGAUCAGCUUAAUAUUAUUGUGAGCUAUCCACCCACCAAGCAACUUACAUAUGAAGAACAGGAUCUUGUUUGGAAGUUUAGAUACUAUCUAACUAAUCAAGAAAAAGCUUUGACAAAAUUCCUGAAAUGUGUUAAUUGGGAUCUACCUCAAGAGGCCAAACAGGCCUUGGAACUUCUGGGCAAAUGGAAGCCAAUGGAUGUAGAAGACUCCUUGGAGCUCUUGUCUUCUCAUUACACCAAUCCAACAGUGAGGCGCUAUGCUGUUGCCCGCUUGCGACAGGCAGAUGAUGAGGAUUUGUUGAUGUACCUAUUACAACUGGUCCAAGCUCUCAAAUAUGAAAAUUUUGAUGACAUAAAGAAUGGAUUAGAACCAACUAAGAAAGACAGUCAGGGUUCAGUAUCAGAGUGUGUGACAAAUUCAGGAAUAAAUUCUUCAGAAAUAGAAAGCUCCCAGAUCAUAUCCAGCCCCCUUCCUCCAGUGUCUUCUCCUCCUCCUGCAUCCAAAGCAAAGGAAGGUUCAGAUGGUGAAAAUCUAGAGCACGAUCUCUGUACCUUCUUGAUAUCAAGAGCCUGCAAAAAUUCAACACUGGCUAAUUAUUUAUACUGGUAUGUAAUUGUGGAAUGCGAAGAUCAAGAUACUCAGCAGAGAGACCCAAAGACGCACGAAAUGUAUUUGAAUGUAAUGAGAAGGUUCAGCCAAGCACUGCUGAAGGGUGAUAAGUCUGUCAGAGUGAUGCGCUCUUUGCUGGCCGCACAGCAGACAUUUGUAGACCGACUGGUGCACCUGAUGAAGGCAGUACAGCGUGAAAGUGGAAAUCGUAAGAAAAAGAAUGAGAGACUGCAGGCAUUGCUUGGAGACAAUGAAAAGAUGAACUUGUCAGAUGUGGAACUUAUCCCAUUGCCUUUAGAACCCCAGGUGAAAAUUAGAGGAAUAAUCCCAGAAACUGCUACACUAUUCAAGAGUGCUCUUAUGCCUGCACAGUUAUUCUUUAAGACAGAAGACGGCGGCAAGUAUCCAGUCAUAUUUAAGCACGGGGAUGAUUUACGUCAAGAUCAACUUAUUCUUCAGAUCAUUUCACUCAUGGACAAGCUGCUAAGGAAAGAAAACCUGGAUUUGAAGUUGACUCCCUAUAAAGUAUUAGCCACUAGUACAAAACAUGGCUUCAUGCAGUUCAUCCAGUCGGUUCCAGUUGCCGAAGUUCUUGACACAGAAGGAAGCAUUCAGAACUUUUUUAGAAAAUACGCUCCAAGUGAGAAUGGACCAUAUGGGAUCAGUGCUGAAGUUAUGGACACUUACGUUAAAAGCUGUGCUGGAUAUUGUGUGAUCACAUAUAUACUUGGAGUUGGAGACAGGCACUUGGAUAACCUUUUGCUGACAAAAACAGGUAAACUUUUCCACAUUGACUUUGGAUAUAUUUUGGGUCGGGACCCAAAGCCUCUUCCUCCUCCGAUGAAGCUAAAUAAAGAAAUGGUGGAAGGGAUGGGGGGCACCCAGAGUGAGCAGUACCAAGAGUUCCGUAAACAGUGUUACACAGCUUUUCUCCACCUUCGGAGGUAUUCUAACCUCAUUUUAAACUUGUUUUCCUUGAUGGUGGAUGCAAACAUUCCAGACAUUGCUCUUGAACCAGAUAAAACUGUGAAAAAGGUUCAAGAUAAAUUCCGUCUGGACUUGUCCGAUGAAGAGGCAGUGCAUUACAUGCAGAGUCUGAUUGAUGAAAGUGUUCAUGCUCUGUUUGCUGCUGUGGUAGAACAGAUUCACAAAUUUGCCCAGUAUUGGAGAAAAUGAAGCCACGUUUGGUCUGUAGAAAUGUUUGGCUCUAUAUGAAAGUACACUCAAAGCAACCUGUAUACAAUGAAGAAUUCAAAGUAACAAGGAACAAAGCCUGUAAUAUUCAAGAUACUGUAUAUAUUUAAGUUUUACAUUGUGCCUGGAUUACAUUUUCUUGAAUAUCAUUGCUUAAAAUAUGGUCCUGAUGGGUUUGUUUUGAAAUAUUAUAUACAUUUAUUUUCAAAUGUAUAAAUUGUUUAUAUGCUAAGAAGAAAUUUACUCAGUAAUCAUGUACAUAUUACAAGAGUUCUAAUAAAAUUUUAUGUUGAAAUAGUAAUAUAUUGUAGAUUGAGUUUUAAGCUUCAUUUUUCCAUUUACAACUUUACAUUAAGAGAACAGUUAUAUACAUUUGGAUUAACUGUCUCCAGCUGGAAGAUUUUUUUAUUUUUAUCUUUCCCUCCCUUUUCUCAUUUCUAUGCCCUCUCUAGUUUAGUUUGUUUUAGUUGUUUGAUUGAUUUUUGGACUAAUCUGUAAUAUUUAAAAGUUUUAUAUGUUAUAACUAAUUCUUUUACAUUUUGGAAACUAUAUAUUUCAAAAAUAGUCAUUUUCUCAUGUAAAUGUUGUCAUCUCUUUAUAAAGUAUAUUUUAACCACUUUUCUCUCCGUUUGUAAUUAAAGCAAAGUAUAAAAACGUAUCUAGAUAACUCACCAAAGUUAAUGCAGUUAUAGUUUUUGACGCUGAGUAGUUUUAAAAUAGUUGUAUGUAGGCAUAACUUGUAAUUUAGUAUUUUAUUACUUUGGUUAUUCAUGAUUCAACAGGGGUAUACAAAAUUAUAAAAUCUUAAUAUAUUUUCACAUUCACGUGUGUGUGUGUGUGUGUGUGUGUGUGUGUGUGUGUGUAUAAUUCAUGACAUUCACUGGCAAAGACUUGUGUGUUCCAUCCCCUUCCCUCUAACCAUCACCAUAUCCUCAUAAAGUCUAAAACACGGUUUGGUUACUAUUUAACAAGUUUAUUUGCUCCAAUUGUCUAUUUUCCUUACAUCAAUGAAGCUAGCCUGUAGGUUUCUUUUCUUACUUAAUAUUUAUGAUGCAAACUUAGUUUUCAAAAGCUUUGUGAACUAUUGAUAGUUCCCCUAGAGCUACUAAUUUGUAUAGCUUUUCUGACUUAACUAACAUAAUUUCUGGUUAUUUCCUGACUAGUAUUCUUUCUAUCCCAGUAUAGCCUCUGUAUGCUCACAGAAUGCCGAGACCAUACAGAAGUGGCAAGAGCUGCACAGUGAUCAUCUUUACACAUUAAUCUCUUAAUGUAGUUAUCUGUUUUGCAAGAAAAUAAUAUUUUUGUGCUUCUGAGUAAAUAUAAAAUACCAAAUGAAGGAAAGUAAGGUUAAAUGAAGGCAGUUUGCAAGGAUGACGUUAAUUAAUAAAGUCUGUUCUUCAACAAA